AAGAUGCGACCGCCGGCCAGUUCAGUCGCAAACGAAACGCGCGAACGCACGCAGCUGUAAAAAGAUACACCUAAAAAAUAAUAAAAUUAAAACUCAAUAAACGACAAAACGACAAAAAAAAUUCGCUUCACCCGACACGCGUUAAAAAUCACCCCGAAAGAUAAUCAUUUGAAUUUUAAAUGAGCCCAGGAUCUUGCUCCAUUUUUUGUGUGUGCUCUGUUCUGUUUUGAGUUCGGAGUUCCGAGUUCUUCUAUAAAAGAGUGUUUGCUCCGGUCUCGGGUUUCAGAAGCAAUCAAGAUGUUCCAGUGGCUGGUGUGUUGGCUCCUGCUCCCGGUUUUGGCCUCCGCCAAGAUCUUUGAUCGCUGUGAGCUGGCCCAUCUCCUCCAGCAUCGCUUCGGUCUGCCGGCCCCGCAAGUGGCCACUUUGGUGUGCAUCGCCCAGCACUCCAGUGACUUCAAUACGGCCGCCUUUGGCGGUGGCACUGGCCUCGGCGGAGGAUCCCACGGGCUAUUCCAGAUCAGUGACGUCUACUGGUGCUCGCCGCCGGGCCAGGGCAAGGGUUGUGGUGUGAGUUGUUCCAGGCUGCGGGACGACGACAUCGCCGACGAUGUUCUGUGCGUGAGGAAGAUCUAUGCGGAGCAUCAGCGGAUCAGUGGCGAUGGAUUCACGGCCUGGCAGGCCUACGCCGCCUACUGCAAGGAUCCAGGAUCGUACGUGGCGGGAUGUGGAGUGCAGCAGGUUGGUGCUAGUGCCUUGGCAGUGGCAUCCUCCUACCAAAAACCACAGCAAGUUCAGGUCCACAGCUAUCCUGCCGCGAAUCACUACCAGCAAGUGGCGCAGAUCCAGCCCCAGGGAAAGAUCUACAGUCGCUGUGAGCUGGCCCAGGAACUCUACUACCAGCACAAGCUUCCCAUGCCCCAGAUCCCCACCUGGGUGUGCAUAGCCCAGCACGAGUCCUCCUUCAACACGGCGGCUGUGGGACGACUCAACGCGGAUGGCAGUGCCGACCAUGGCCUGUUCCAGAUCAGCGAUCUUUUCUGGUGCACCCACGAUCAGCGGGGCGGCAAGGGAUGCCAUGCCACCUGCAACCAGUUCCUGGACUCGAGCAUAGCCGACGAUGUGCAGUGCAUCCGGAGGAUACACCAGGAGCACACUCAGAUCUCCGGAGAUGGAUUCAACGCCUGGACGGUCUACAAAAGGAACUGUCUGAAUCAGCACUACGAGCAGGUGGCUGCCUGCUUCGCAAAGCCGCCGGCUCAUCAGCACCAGCAUCCGAAUGCGAUUGGAGGAGGAGCUCCCGUGAAGCCAAAGGUCAGCUAUGCCUAUCAGUUUGGUCAGGUCCAGGUGCAGCAGCAGAACCAAUACUACCGACCACCAGCUCCCACAGUGAGCUACCAGAGGGAGGUCAGUAGCUAUCAGGGGAAUCCCUUCCUGCGUCCCCGUCUGCCAGUCACUCCAGCUCCGCCAAGGCAGUAUCCGAAUGCCAUUGGGGGUGGAGGUUUCAAGGGUCAAACGCCAGCCCAUCCAUUCUAUAAUGUUAAGCAGCCACAGUACCAAACCACACACUAUCAGACACACUACACUCAGCAACAACCACAACAGUAUCACACAACCUAUACACGCACGGGUAAAGUUUACAAUCGCUGCGAAUUAGCCCAAGAGUUGUAUUUCUCACACAAGUUUCCAAUGCAGGAUAUAGCCACCUGGGUGUGCAUCGCCGAGCAUGAGUCCUCGUUCAACACGGCCGCCGUUGGGCGCCUCAACGCCGACGGAAGUGCCGACCACGGUCUCUUCCAGAUCAGCGAUCUGUUCUGGUGCACACAUGGCGGUGGAGAUGGGGGCAAGGGCUGUCACAUCGAUUGCAAUCGCCUCCUGGACUCGGACAUCUCUGACGAUGUCAAGUGCAUUCGAACCAUUCACGAGGAGCACACCAGACUAUCAGGGGAUGGCUUCACCGCCUGGACGGUCUACAACGGUCACUGCAGGCAGAAGACCAGAGCGGACAUAGCCAGCUGUUUUGAGGGAAAGGAUCUUACCCCGGAAAAGGAGACUAAGCCAUAUAAACCACAAAUAAACGAUCUGGUUAGGAAGACUCCGGCGAAGCCAAAGGGAAAAAUAUAUAAUCGCUGUGAACUGGCCAAGGAGCUGUAUCACAAGCAUAGGAUGCCCAUGAAGGAGAUUCCCACCUGGGUAUGCAUAGCCCAGCACGAGUCCUCCUUCAACACGGCGGCUGUGGGGCGGUUGAAUGCCGAUGGCAGUGCCGAUCAUGGGUUGUUCCAGAUCAGCGAUCUCUACUGGUGUUCUCACGAUCAGAGUAGCGGGAAAGCUUGCCACAUCGAGUGCGAUAGUCUGCUGGACUCGGACAUCUCCGACGAUGUCAAGUGCAUCCGCACCAUUCACGAGGAACACACCAGACUAUCAGGGGAUGGCUUCAACGCCUGGACAGUCUACAAUGGUCAUUGCCGGGGUCAGAGCCUGGCACAGCUGAGCGACUGCUUCGACGGGAAUGAGAUCUCCAAGGCCGAAAAAGUCAUUCCCAUAGUGGAAAAACCAGAAGAGGCGAUAGUUAAGAGCCAGAACUACGCGGGGAACCCUUUCCUGCAAAAUCUCCAGGGCGUUAAGUUAAAUCAAAAUCAUGUGCAGCCGCCAAAAGUCACAAAUAAAAUUACAAAUAUUAUUCCAUCUUCUCAAGAGCCCCAGAAACCCACUAAACAAUAUUCCGCAAACCCAUUUUUGCAGAAUCUCCAGCCUCAGAAAGGUUCUUCAAGCAAUCAAGUCAAGCAGAAACCUUUACCGACACCCCCAGCUACUGCAACUCCCACCCAAAAGCCCAGCUACGAUCACAAUCCCUUCCUAAAAGCCCCAGGCUCUAUUCCACAUUCUGUGAUUACGCCGCACCCUGCAGGGGACAGCUUCUCGUAUGCCCAGAAUCCGUUUCUUAGUCUGCUUAGCCAACCAAUUGUUCCAGCUCAAGCACCCAUUAAGUCGAGGCCCAAGCCCACUCAGUCCCCUGCCUCGAGGCCCUAUGUCAGCAGCGACAGCUUCCGCAAUGAGGUGAUUAAAUUUACGGCCACCUCCACGACAGCCACGACACCAACUACAAGGCAGCCCAUAAGUACAUCGGGUAUUACAAAGCAAUCUGUAACGACAUCCACGAAGAGGCCCUUCACAGCGGCCCCAAGCAAACCAGUCUCAUCUACGGCCAAAACGACCAGCUUGCCGCCUUGGUCUCGGCAAGCAUCUGGCAGAUCAACAACAACCGCUAAGCCCACCAUAGCUGGUAAUCGCUAUACGGCUACAACGAAAGCAUCUCCAGCACCUACUCGCUCUAGUUCCACCACUCGUCCAACUACUCGAACUACUCCUUACCCAACAACUCGUCCAACUACUCGGCCUACAACCACAGCAAUUAACAGACCAAAAUCAACAACUACUAGGCCUAAAGUGACUAGUGCUCUGCCUACCAUCCGUCCACCUAUUCAGUACAUUUCAACAACUCGUCAAACUUCCACAGUUAAGACAACAACUCGCUCUUCUGGCUUUUAUAUACCUACCUCUCAGCCUAUAAAAUCUGGAAAAACUACCUCUAGUUAUAUUCAAACAACUCGCACGCCAACAACUCGUCUACCAACAACUCGCCAGCCAACAACUCGCUUCACAACAACACGCACGCCAACAACUCGCACGCCAAUAACUCGCCAGCCAACAACUCGUACGCCAACAACUCGCCCUCCAACAACUCGCUUCCCAACCACACGCCCUACAACAACUAGCACACCAACUACUCGCCAACCUGCAACAACUCGCUUUACUACAAUACGUCCUGCAACAACUCGCUACACAACAAACCGCCCUAUUACAACUCGACCAACAACAACUAGGUCUCCUUACAACUACAUAGCUGUAAAUCAACCUACUCGCCAGCCCAUAACAACGAGAUCUACAACCACUCGUUACUCGACAACUCGUCAAAGUAGCACUACACCGCGGCCAUAUUUAUUCACCUCGACUACGACAGCGAGUAAAAUUUCCACAACUAAGGAUCCUUUCGAUCAUCCCUUCUUCCAGAAAUUCAAAGCUAGAUUUGAAAAAACCACCGCAAAUCUGUUGCAAAAUGGAAAAACCACAACUACGAUACCGAAACCGAAAAAUGAAACCACCACCAGUCCGUAUUAUGCUAAAUACCAGGAGAACAAAGUGAAGAAAGCUGCUAAAACGGUGCUAUCAUACGAAAUUGGCCAAAACCGAACCACAACCAGCCGGCCAACAAGUGCCUUCGAUGUUUACCGGAAUUGGAACAAGAAGAAUUAAGGGUUUCCAUUAGUGUGACACUUUUGAGACUUUUGUAAAUAAGCGUUAUUGAUCGAUGUAAUUCGGUUAGUUUAGCAUAAUGACAGAAUACUCAUGCAUUAUUAAUCUUAAGCCAUAUAAAAAUAGGAUUUAGAUAAUAAAAUAAAAAUAAACCAUGCGAA